AUGUGUUGUUCGCUUACCACCGUCCUGGUCAUUAUCGCUAUGGAUUCGUUGUACAUGGUCAUCUUUCAUUAUAUCUGCGGUGUGUUCGCCUUGUGCGGGUAUCAAAUUAAGAAAGCAGCAGAGAUAUCUAAAUCGGAUAUAGAAGGAGGAACCUUCGAAAACGGUAAUAAAAAGGAUCUGUUCAGACGUUGCGUGAUGACACAUUACGAAGCCAUCAAAUUUUACGAUUACAUGAACGAUAGCACUCGUACCAGCUAUCUGUUUCAAGUUGGAUUGAACAUGCUAGGUAUCACUUCAACGGCUGUUCAAGCAGUUAUGAACUUUGACAGACCCGAAGAAGCAUUCAGAAUAAUUAUGUUUCUGUUGGGUCAACAAUUUCAUUUGUACACUCUCAGUUUACCUGGGCAAGUACUUAUGGAUCGAAGUUUUGAAUUAUCAAAUGAUAUAUACUGUUCGAAAUGGCACGAAAUACCAGUGAAAUUUCAAAAAGUACUUCAUAUCAUGCUAAUCAGAUCCAGCAAACCGUGCAGACUAUCAGCCGGAGGAUUAUACGAAAUGAAUAUCGAAAAUUUCGGAACUAUCUUUAAAACUUGCAUGUCAUACUUUACAAUUCUACUGUCGCUGAGGGAAAAACUGAUUUUUCUUACAGCGAUACAAAGAAAUAAUAGAAACCGAGAUGUAAGCGUGUACGAUAUACCCGAUUACAAAGUACUUAAAAAAUUCCUCAAACUUUCUGGGCUGGAUCCUUAUCAGGAAGAUGCAAUCAGUACUAUUACUACGUAUUUUAUGAUAUGCAGCGUGAUUGGUAUGGUUAUUCCUACAUUCUUAGGAUUCUACACAUCGGUACUGGAAAAAGACAUGGAUCAAAUGUUCGAGUCCGUGCCAUAUUUGACCGCCUCCAGUGCCUGCAUCGUUAAAAUAUUGAAUGUUCAUCUGAAUAAAUCAAACUUUAGAAAAUUAUUAAAUUUGGUGGUAAAAGAGUGGGAACAAUUAAAAGAUAACGACGAAUUGGAACCGCUGGAGAAGCUUACCAAACGAGCAAGUUACGUUGCAAACCUAUACAGAAACUGUUUGCUCUGGUCUAUGGUAAUAUUUCUGUCGCUCACGAUACUUCCAUCUGUCCUGGACGUCGUUCUACCUCUAAACGAAACACGACCACGAGAACAACUGUUUAACGUCAACUAUUUGGUCUUCGACGGCGAAGAUUAUUACUAUUUCGUGUAUUUACAGUUAGGUUGGAGUACGUUCGUUUGUGUUAUCAUUAUAGGCACCGUUGAUUCAUUAUAUAUCAUCGUCAUUCAUCAUUCCAGUGGAAUGUUUGUCGUAUGCGGCAAACAGUUUCAAAAAGCAACCGAAAUGGCCGACAUGACCGACGGAAAUGAGCAAUUCAAUCGGUUCAGGCGUUGCAUAAUUUCGCAUACCAACGCUCUUCAGUUUUACGAGAUAUUAAAUGAAACUAGCACGACCAGCUAUUUGUUUCAAGUCGGAAUAAAUAUGAUUGGGAUAAGUGUGACGGCUGUUCAAGUGGUCCUGUGCCUCGAUAGACCGGAUGAGGCGACUAAAGCUACCGUACACCUUGUAUCGAAGCAGUUUCACUUAUUCAUCAUUAGUUUGCCUGGUCAAGUAUUGCUGGAUCAUUGUGCGGAACUGGCAACAAAUAUAUACUGUUCUAAGUGGUACAAAGCACCAGUCAGAAUUAGAAAAAUGAUUCAGAUUAUGCAAAUGAGAUCUAGUAAACCGUGUGCACUGUCGGCUGGAGGACUGUACGAAAUGAGUAUCGAGAAUUUUGGAAACACGAUGAAAACAUGCAUGUCGUACGUUACGAUGCUGUUAUCGUUCAAGGAAUGACUCUUUAUCACCUUUAGCUGAAGAAUCUUAAAUGGCGUCCGUAGUUUGAUCUACUCAGGAAAUAAAACACAAUAUAAAUGAAGAAACGAAUUAUAAGGGAAGUGUGGCGCAGUCGUGUUUG